AUGUCUUCCCCCAAAAACCCAGCCGGACAGAACCUGCUACAACAGGGAAAGAUCCGCAAGCUACAACAUAAGCCUAACUUUACACUACCCGUCCGGAUAGUUAACGAACGAAUAACGCACGACUGCCGACCUUUACUACCUUUCAUUACGACUGACGGCAGAUUCCCAAACGUUCAGGGCUGCUGGCCAAUAGUGACACGGGCCGCACAGCAACCGUAUCUAGCGAAGAUAGAUCUAAAGAAGGCGUUUCACUCUAUACCACUCGCUGACGACCAAAUCGGAGCCUAUGCUUUCGAGUUAGAAGGAAGCUAUUACGCAUAUACCACGAUGCCAAUGGGCGCAACAAAUGCUCCCAAACACUUUCAUGGUGUAAUGGGCAUACUACUGAGCAAGCUACCUUUCGCACACGACAUAAGGUACUACCAAAAUGACAUAUUCGUGGCCGCUUCCGAUCCACAACAACUUAAACGCCGAUACCAGCAAACCAUCGACUAUCUAGCCAAGCAAAACUUCCAAAUCAACACUGAGAAGUCUCAACUUAACUGUACAGAUCUACUAGGUUAUACGUUGAACAACCAUACACUGUCUAUCCCAGACCAGAAAUGGAAACGUGUCGGCUGUGCCUCGAUCUGUCGGCUCAGCUCUUCCCUUUGGCUUGGCUCGUAA